CAGAACUGCGAAGGGUGGAGCGGCAACAUGGCGGCGUCAGGAGCUGGUGGUCCUGUUGAUGAUGCUAAGAGUGGAAAGGCCCCGGUCGCUCAGCGCAUCGACCCGAGUCGCGAGAAACUGACUCCCGCGCAACUGCAAUUCAUGCGGCAGGUGCAGCUUGCCCAGUGGCAGAAGACGCUGCCACAGCGGCGAACCCGGAACAUCGUGACCGGCCUAGGCAUCGGGGCCCUGGUCUUAGCUAUUUAUGGUUACACCUUCUACUCGGUGUCCCAGGAGCGUUUCCUGGAUGAGCUGGAAGACGAGGCCAAAGCUGCCCGAGCCCGAGCUCUGGCAAGGGCAUCAGGACCCUAAUCUGGAUGGGCAUUGCACAUCUCCAACCCGCUGGAGCUCCUUCACAUGGUGGAUGAUGCCCCACGACCCUAUAGAAAUUGAAGCCUGCUAACAGCAUCGCUGGCCUUCUCACUAACCUUGGACCAUGAUUGAGCCAGAGAAGCCAAGGACUUAUGCAUUUAGCCACUGUCAAGGGAACACUGCCCACCUCACACUCACUUUCUGCAGUGACCGAGCCCUUCUUGUAGUUUGUUUCCUUGUUUGAUGGGUGUACGACCUUGGUUUUUCCCAAAGUUUCUGACUUUGUGGUUUACCCUCUUCACUUCCCAGGGGCACAACUGUUAUGGGGAUAGGUGUUACAGCUCUGUGCAGUGCUGGAGCCUAAAGUGGGAAAGAUAAUGUCAAGUUGAGAGUAAUAAACUGAGUCAUCUCUCCUGGA